UGUCGAAUCGGUACUGCACACACGAACUUUUCCAAUUUUUCUUCGGUUACGGCGAUUCGAUUCUGGUUUUCGGUACUACCAUACUCUAUAUAUUCAAAAAUUUAAUUAAAAAAAAAUUGAACAUUUACGUUUGGUGAAUUGAAAAAACCAGUGCCAGCAAAUAAAAGACACUAAAAAUAUUUACAAAAAAAAUUAAAUCGUGUUUGUGUAUUUAAGUGAAAUUAAUUAAAGACUCUUCUUUGAUUGGAAAGUAUUAUAUACUUGGGUGAAACUCUGCCGAUAGCUUGAUUGGACGUGAUUUUUUGUUAUGGUGAAUUAAAGAAUUUUAUUGGUUUUGUGUUUUAAACAAAUUGGCGGUAAAAAAUGUCCUGACAACAGCAUGGUAAUGUGCAACACCAUGAUGGACAGUUUGGUGAUACCUAGACCGCCUGCUCCACCAUUAGGUCCCUUAGUUCCUACCAAUUAUCCGUUAAAAGGAUCUCCUUUACCAGCUCCUCCACCACCACCUAAACCUCCGUCUCAUAUUGUGGAGGUCCAGGAAAGUGAUACCAAAACUACUUAUAGUCAAUUAACAAGGGAGUCUGGAGGCCAGCAUUUUGAAGAACGCAAAAUGAUAGAAGAGCGCCGUAUCACCCAAAAAAUGGUCGAAAAAAAUAUUACAAGAAACGAGAGCGUCAGGAGUAGAUUGAGCAAUCGGAGUGUCUCCUCCAACGGUUUCAGACUUAGGGAAAACGGUAAUGCCCCGAAUACCUUAAACAAUAACAACGAUGAUACCGGGUCAGUGUACAGCAUCUACAAGCAAAAAAUCGACAGCAUGUUCGAGUCGGAUUCCAGCGCCAGCACAAACAACCACAAUAUUGUGCAGGCAAAAAUUGAAAAAAUGUUUAGUGAAGUUGCACAAGACAGUGGUACCACUAGCCAACAAGCAAACGUGCAUGCUUUCUCAGUGGAUUAUUUGGGAAGUGUUCCGUUAUUAGAUAAAGUCACCAGCUUGGCCGGAUUGCAAGAACCUUUAAGAAACCUAUAUUUCUCUUACAAGAAAAUUACCAAGAGCAAAAAGGUGCUGUCUGGAAGACUGGAAAUCUCCCCACAGGGUCUGCGAGUCCAGUACCAGGGUUCCUCCGGAGACCUGGAGCAAAUGAACUCGUUUCCCUCCAUAGCAGUUUGGUCUGCAGUAAAAUUCGUCAUACAAGAAAACAACUCCAUGCUGCAUGGCAAAGAACUUUCGUAUGCCUUUUUGCCCUUGAUAACCGAUCCAGAUAAUAUGGAUAAGCAGGCUUUAUUUAAAACCAUUCAAGAGGCAGAAAAGCAGUACAUCGUUAAUCAGCAACACUCACCAUUAUUCACUGUUGUAAUGAGAAAGUUUGGGGUGCAAAAACAAUUGGAAUGUCAUGGGUUUGUCUGUCAAACUUCAGAAGAUGCGAUAGUAAUUGCAGCUACCCUAUACAAAUCCCUUGUAAACCAUAUGAAGAACAAGGAGCGAAAGCCCAAAAACAAAAAUGGCUUAACCACCUGCAUGUCGACUGCUUCUAGCACCGUGAUGGAUCAAAACGGCAAUUCCAUGCCGGUCAGACCGCCUAGAAGAAAGAGAAGUAGUGCUGCCUCCUCAGUUUGUAGUGAUACCAAUUCUAAUAAUUUUAAUCAGGUAUCAGAUACUCAGCCCCUCCUACCUUCAAAACCUCUCAAAAAAAGCACCAAAUCAAAAAAAGCUCCAAGAGCUCCUGAUCAGUUAGAAGUGGAACCUAAACAGGAAGACGUUGAUGCCAUAUUACCUUACGAGGAACCCAUACAAAUUAGCCAAUUAGAAAAUAGUGAAAGAAAAGAUGUUAAACCUAAAAGUUUUAGUGAUAAGUUAAGUACUUUUAUGAGCAAAGAGCAACAAGAGUUGGCAGCCGAGAUGAAGAAGUUGGUAAGUGAUUCAAGCAAAGGCUUAAAACGAGUGGAAAGUGUUAGAAAGCACAACGACGAGACACUAAGAAAGAAGGAGAACUCUGGAGAUAUUUUUACCAAAGUAACAAUUCCUCGGUCCGGGAGCUUUUUGAAUACCGGAGGACUUACCAGGUAUAAAAAUAAAACUUCCAGAAACAAUGAAUCUGCUAGUGGAGGCUCUCCAUUGGGUUUCAAAGAAAUUUUUCACGAGCUCUCCAUACAAGAAGGUCUUCAUUCCAUGGAUGACAUCUUAUCCGUAAUAAUCGAUCCAGAAGGCAUGUCCUUUAACGACCUUAAGCCCAUUUAUAAGGAGUUCUUACUAAAGCUAGCGGUGACGCUUACUAAAGACGAACUGUACUUGAAAAGUAGAAGCAUUAUGAGAAGGCAAAAGAAAAAGAUGAUGAAGAGAGCAGCACCUCCUAAGAAAAACUCAAACGUGAUCGUGUCGGGCAAGUUCAAGAGAUUAAAGCAUAUUUUUCAAAAGAACCUGAUACAACCGUCGUCGAAAAAAUUAUUGGAAGAUGAAAACAAAAGUCAUAUAGAGAUACGACCUUGUGACCCACGGAUCGGCUCUAAGUUGCCUGAAAGUAGUAUUAGUACAUCCUCAUAUGAUACCAAACCGUUUAGGAAGAAGGAAGAGGUAGCGGGAAAGAAGAUAAGUUACAGAAAGAAAGCGCAUGGUGAACUGAGCAAAAACAGAAGACGAGAUCGUGCGAGCACCAGUGAGGAAUCAGACUUUUUCUCCUUGAAACGCCAAAACAAAUACAACCGAUCUCAAAACAUGAACCUGCACACGAGAAACUCAUCGUCAGGUUACGUGUCAUGUUCUGAAUGCUCAUAUGACUCCGACACUUGCACCUGCACUUCGGCAGAUAAGUGCUAUUGUAGUUUAGGUAAUAAAAACUUUGAGAACAAACGGAAAAGUAAGCAAAAAGAAAAGUACAAUUGUGAAGAUACAUCCCUAACUUAUUGCGACUGUGAUACCGAUUCUUGUGCCGAAUCAAAUAAGUGCUACUGUCAGUACGGCAGCCAAAGAAAAUCCAAUAAGAGACGCAACUCAUCGUCAAAGUCUCAUCACGCGCAUUGUACUAAAAUGCUGCAAGACGACAGGCACCGAAAGUUGUGCAAGAAGAAUUCGAAUACAAAAAGUACGAGAAGUUUGGAGUAUAAGUCCAACCCCAGUGAAGGUUACUACGAAAAGCUGCGCAGUAAACAAAAAUAUGGCAGCGAACGCAUCCUUAACUCUCACUACCAAACGCAGGAAAAAAAGCGUCGUAAUAGCCACGCGGGCGUAACACACUCCUCAGUCUAUACCGAGCAAGACCUGAAUUUAUUGGCCCUCCAAAACCUUCAAAUGGGAAAACUGUCCGCCAUGGAUUACGAACUGUUGAAAUUGGCUAAAAGGGGUGCGUUACCCGACUUGGCGGGCCUACAGCAGGCCAUGUGCAAGGGUGGAUUUUGCGAGAACGUCAGAGAUUACUGGGGGGGCGGCACAAGAUCCGUCGGAAUUAGAGAAUCUGGUUUUCAAAAAUCCGCCAUUACAACUGGGGCAUGCACUGAAGCCUUAUCAGUAAAGAAAUCAGCUGAGAUAGCUGCCCUGUUUGCUGACAUAAAGCUAAGUCAGACUACUGAUAUUACUCAUUUGGCACCAGAGUCAUUUGACGAUCGUUAUAAUUUAGAUAAGAGCUUGCAUCAGCCCAAGUACAGCAAACCUAUUAAAAAUAGACCCCUGGAAGGACCAAUUCAUCCGAAACCUGUGCUGCCACCAUCGAAUUACGCCAGACCCAUGGUGAAGAAUAAAUCAAAAUUAUACUCUGCAAAAAAUGGCCUUUACACCAUACAAAGUCAAUCAGACGAAAGUAGGCACAGCGGAAGCAGAAGAUCCAGUUUUAGUGGAGAGACUCGUAACGGAGAGGGAGGCAGGAAGAAUACUAGUAGUAACAUUGAGGAUUCUUUGGGAUAUCUGCCUUAGGACUAAUUAUAUAAGCAUUUUGUUGUAAAUGCGGCGUGUUUUUUUAAAGGUAAAAGUCUAGCAAAAGAACUGCUUUAAAUUUUUUUAUGUUCUAAUUUUUAAGCUUCCCAAAAUAAAUUUAGUAUGUUUUUUCAGCAUAUACAUGCCAAAAAGCUGAUUCAAGUGUAAGUGUUUCAAAAAAACAGUAAAAUUUAAUAGGGUAAAUAGACCAGUUAUUGGACAGUUCAGUUUUUUUUCAAUAUAAUAGAAAGAGUGAAAGAUAAAUCUAAUUUACCUUAUGAAAAAAAUAAAACAAAAUUAAAAAUUAUCUUGCAUUCCUGACAGCGUUAAGAUCUUGGGUUUCGUCAUUUAUUCGCUGCCGUAAUUCAAUAAUAUUAUUUAUUGGUCUUGCAUAAAAAAUUCUUUUAUGCAACCCCAGUAAAAAAAAUCAAGGAGAUUUAGGUCUGGAGACCUGGGAGGCCAUAAAAUUGAACCAAGUAGUAAUCCAAGAACCAAGUAGUGAACCAAGGUCGACUAUGUGGUAUAUUUGAAAUAAAGUAAUUAAAAGACCUUUAAAAUGACCCUCCUUUCCAUUUAAGACUUUAGAGGUUAUGUCCACCUUCGUCAGAGGGCUGCUGCAAUUUGAUUGUAAACUAACUUUGAAAUUUUUAAAAUAAGGGUGGUAUCUUUUCAAAUUGACAUCCUGUAUAUAAAUGUAUUAUUAAAAAAAAAAAAAAAUUCGUCAAUCUUUACAAUGCUUGGAUUCCUGCUCUUUCUUAAAAUUCUUUAAAUGGAUAAUUUAAGUAGUUAAGGAAUAUACUACAUAUACAGGGUGUUCGAAAAAUAGACGAAGAUAUUUCAAUGAGUGACGUAACAUGGGUCCGGAAAUACACAGUUUUGAAGAUACAGGGUGAUAAUUUUUUUUUUAAUAUUAAUUGUUUAUUAAUAUUAAUUAUUUUUCUAGGAGAACUGACACUUGUCAAUGUCAAACCUCCAUGCAGAAAAUAUUUUUUAUUUGUCAAGGCACCGGUGAUUUUUUUACCAAAAAUUAAUAAACCAAUUAUGUCCAAUGGCAUGCAAUAAAACGGUAUUUAUUUUUUGUCGAAAACAAAGUGAGAUACGAAAAAAAUACAAGAGGCCAAAAAGUUUCAAAUAUUUAAUCAAACAACAAAUAUUAAAGUUGAAAAAAGGCAGUGGUGUACAUUUUUUUGCCAAUAAUUGUUGCUAGGAUGUCCCCCGGGACGCGAAUUUAUAAUUCCUCUACCAUUACAGUCACGAGGGUGCCUGAAUUCACACAUGUUAAAUACUUUACAUCUUUGCAAUAUAAUGUCCUUGAAAAUUCUGAUGGAAGUUUCACAAUAAUUAUUUGUAUUUUUGCCCCUAUGCAAAACGUCACUACGAAACAGUAAACACCAUUUUUCUCGAUGACCCCAAAUGAGUUCUAAAUGAGCUUUGGUAUUAUUGUACUUGUUUAGAGUCUGGUUAUUUAAUAACUGAAACAUAAAGAUCUCUGCAUCUGAAGUAGUCUUAGCAAAUAAAGUAUUGCUUUGCAAUUUUUAGAGCAUGUAAAUUAUCAUUUUCUGAUUUAUUUUUAUGAAGAAUAACAGCUAUUGGCAAUUCUCCUAUUUUUGUUGCUGCAAAAAUAAAAGUUACAGAGGUGCUACUUUGAUCACAAGAACUACUAGUGUCAAUGAAGAUCAUCUCAUCUGCAUGGCCCGCUUUUCAUCAUCCCUUCCUCCGAAUUUUUCAGACCUCCAUUGUUGAUAAAAGUAGGUUACUUGUCUGUCAGUUGGGUUAACUUGUGCAUUCGCUAGAAGCACAUGAAUAUCACCAUCACAAUUUUCAGAUAAAGAUAAUUCAUGAUAAGUUUUGGCUGCAGAAGCUGUCAUUCCAGACUCAAAAUAAGCACAAAAAGUUGCUUUUGUAUCUUCAUUACAUCGCAAUAAACUAAAUGCUUGAGCAACCUGAAUUCGAUGAGAAUGUUCAUAAUUUAUAUAGAUCACUGCAUUAAAACCUUGUUUUAAUAAGUUAGAUCUUCUCAAAGUAACUUCAGUCGUUUUUAGAAAUUUUAUAUUUAUACUUGCCGAGCACCCAUAAUUUCUUGUACUUCCUUUUUUCUUAAUUACACGUUCAUUCUUUUUGGUUAGAUGACACACAUAUACUUAGUUUGCGAAAUUCAUAACGAACACAGUUAUUAAACACUUUGCUUACUAUCCAAUUAGUGUUUGUGUUACGAGAAAAGUCUUUAAUAAAGUUGUCACAUUUUUCCUGAUAAUUUGUCCCUUUUGUUAACUUGCACUGGAAUUUAAUCACAAAUUGAUCUUGAUUUUUCUCUUCUAAUUCAGGAUAGUGAAUUUCACUAUCCACAAUACCACUCAAUAUUGUUUUAAUCAUUUUGAAGCACUACAAAUAUGUUAAACUAAGGUAACUACACUGUCAUAACCUACUGCGGACGUGGCGUGACAACGGAUACAAACAACGGAGUGACUAACUGACUGAUAUAAACCGUUUAACAGCAGAUUUUUUUUUAAAUUUAGACGGGUUAGACUUUGUAAAAACAAUGACUCACAAAAUAACACACUACUCGAAUUCAAUCACCCUCGUGACUGUAAUGGUAAAGGAAUUGUAAAUUCGCCCCCGGGACGCCACUGGACCUUAUAAUAUUAAUCUAAUUAGGGCUAAAUUAGGCUCUUAAUGCAACAAGUAAUACUGCCAAAUUUCAAAAGAAUCGAGUAAAUAUUUUUUUUAAUAUUAAUAAGAAAAUAUAAAAAAAAAUUAUCACUCUGUAUCUUGAAAACUGUGCAUUUCCGGACCCGUGUUUAUAGAAACUUUUUGUCAUAUUUUUUUACAAGGAAUCCCCCAUUGAAAUAUCUCCGUCUAUUUUUCGAACACUUACUUUAAAAGCCAAUCGAUAUUACUACUACUAAUGGUAAUGAGUGAAUGUAAGCUAAAAAAGAGAAACAAUUAAGAAAUUAGUUGGUAAUCUGCGCUAUAAUUUAAUAUUUUUUAUAAUAAUAAAAUUACCACAAUAAUGGCCUAAAACUAUUAAAACUUUCAUGAAUGUAUUUUUUGACCUUCUGAUUCAACACUUUCUGAUUUUUUUAUAUUCUUAAUAUCACAGGGGUUUAUAAGUUAUAAAAUUUUACUUCUAAAUAAUCUAUAAAAUGAAGGUUAAUUUACUUAUGAUUCUGUGGCAAAGUAAGAUUGUUAUGCAUAUUACUCCUGGUACCUUGGGAAUGCGUGAUUUGUUUUUUUUUUAAUAAAAUCAGUACAAAAGAACGUACUUUUUGUAUGUACAGAUGAUUUAUAUCGCUAACAUCAAAGUUGUAUAGUAAAGUAUAUUUGUUUUAUGAAUCACUUUAAAAAUGUGAUUUUGGACAACUUUUAACGGUUAAAGAUUAGACUUGUAAGUUAUGCAAUAAGAGAGAAGAGACUCCACUAAAGAUUUGCAAAUAAGCAAACACUUUUAAUUUAUUGCCCAGUAUUUCUCGAAGAACAUACAUUUUUUCUAUUAGGUAUUAUUAUUUCUAUAUGACAUGUUGUGAUUUUUAACUUCAUUUAUUGAGGCUUCCAUCGACUUGGACAUUGAACAAGCGUCCAAUAAUUGGUACAAAAAAAGUACGUUUUUUAUUUUUUUUACAAAGUUUGUCCAAAACUGUACAAACUUUGCAAAAUGCAGUUAUUAUUGGACAAUGUCCAACAACUGAAAAUAAUCAUAUACUUAGUCAGGUAUUGGACAGCCAUUUAAAACAUAACCUAACUUAAAUAUAUUAAUUUAAAUCUUAAAAAUACUUUUUUCACUGGACCGCUACCUUGUAUAUUUAUGUGGAGCACUUUUUUCAAAUUUCACCAGUAAAUAUAACAUUAAAAUUUAACUAAGAUUACUUAAGAUAGACUUAAGGAAAGCGUAUUUUUUGUGCUUAACGAAAGAUGUGAGAUAUUUGGCGCCAAAACAGAAAAGUCAAUCAAAUGUCAUUUAUGUCAAUACUAAUACUAAUAGUACAGUGAUCAACAAAAGUUAGCAAAGUACUGAAUACAGAAUUUGAAAUAAGUGAUAUGUCCAAUAAAUUGUAGGAUUACCCUAGUUGAAACAUUUCACUUUGAUGACAAAAUACAUUUUUUCAAAUUUUCCACUGCCACAUCAAUAACGAUGGUUCUUUCAUCUAUUCUCACAUUAUUCAAGCUGCAUUCGAAUAGUAUAUUACUAAAUAAAUGUUUGUGUUAUCAAAGUGAAAAAAAAACUUUAAAAGAUAGAGUAAAAGUGAAUUUUAUCUCAUCAUAAAACUAUGACUAUUAUUGACUACUACUGGAAUUUCAGUUAUUCCAAAAUAAGUAGAUAUUUAUGUUAUUAUGGCUUUACCGAAUGUCCUCACAACACAAUAAAUCACUUAAUGAGAUCAAUAACAUCCUGAAUCGUCAUACUUUUAAACAUAAUGUAAUUAAAUUCCUUGAUAGGACUUCUGAUGAAAAAAUCUGAUUUACACUACGAGACGGAAAUAAUUGUCAGUGACUCAUUGUUAGCAUUAGGGCGGCCAAGAUGUUUUAGAGAGGAGUGGAUUCCAGCGGCGGCGUAUGCAUUUUUUAAAAAUGAAUAUACCUACUAUUUAGGUCGAGUUUAGGUAAUUAAUAGAACUUUUUUAAAAAAUUAAAAAUUUUGUUUCUAGUAUAAGUAAUUUUGCAUAAAAUAUCCCUGAUAUUUUGCUGAAUUUAGUACUUGAGUUCUUAUAAAUUAUCGGCCAAUAAUUGGAACACAUAGGUACAUGGCGGCUUUUUCUAUUGCAAAAAAUACUAAUAGAAAAAAGAUAAAAUAAGAGGUAUAGUUUCUAAGGUUUAUUACUCUAUAACAACUAAUAUGAAUGGGGAAGACAAAAGGCACUUUUAAAAAUAAAUUUAAUCUACAGGGUGUUUUAAAAUUGACUAAACAAGAUAUGACAAGAUGAUUUAUUAUUGACUGGACACAACCUAUUAUUUUUUAAAUUUGUCAUUCGCUAUCUGAGGUUUCAUAAGAAUUUAAAGAAGAAUUUUCAGUAUCACUAUCACUGUUUGCGGAACCAGGAGUUUUAAUAAGUGGUUCAACAACAACUUCAACUUGAAUAUCCAAAUCCCACAUUUUUUGUUCUUCCUUGAUCACAUGUCCAAUGCACUUUUGCCAGUUAGUUGCUGUUACGCCACCAAUAGCUUCGUUUAAUAAAACUUUUACGUCAAUUUAAACGUUUUAUUUUUACUAGCAACUUCACCUUUUAUUUGUGUCCAUAUAAGUUCUAUAGGGUUAGGCGGUAAACGCAAUAUUGUAACACCACGUUCUCGCACCAUUUCAUCAACAACAUAUUUAAUGUACUAGUUUUUGUGGAUACGAACAAUAUCGAACAAUUGUACCUUGAGCAUAUCUUCGUCGAAUCAUAUGUCCCCUUUUGAUUUUAACCAGUCUUUUAUGUCUCCUUUUCGCCAAGCAGUCGUUGGUAUUUUUUCCACUGGCCGACUAUGAUAAGGCGCAUUAUCUACGACGAUAACUGAACCGGAGUCUACUCGCACCAACACCGACGAAAACCACUUUUCAAAAACCUCUGCGUUCAUAUCUUCGUGGUAGUCACCCGUUUUCUUCGAUUCAAAAACGUUAAGACUACCUUCCAGAAAUCCAGAAUCACUACCUAUAUGUGUAAUAUUUAGGCGACGGCCCUUGCCAGAAGGAGCUUUCAAACCCGUGGAAAGCUCAUCCAAAAAAGCUUGCCGCGAAUUUGUCGACAUUUAAGUCCUGCCAUACUUUUGCACGGGUGUGUCCUUCAUUCAGCCAUGUUUCAUCGGUGUAAUAAAUUUUUCUUCCUUCGCGCCGAUGUUCACGAAUUUCUUUUAAAUAUUUCCUUCGACACAAUACGAUUUCAUUUUUUUCUAUUAAAAAGCUUUUGCGGUUCCUUUUUAAAUAUCGAAAAUUCAACUCAUGCAAUGUUCGCUUUAAAACACCAAAAUAUAUUUUGGGUAAAGAAUUAUCAGCAGUAAGUUCUGUCUUAAUUUUCUUUAUUGUUGGUAUCUCGUCGAAUUACUUCUAACUUUGUAAUUUUUAAUAUAAUUAAAGUAAAACAAAAACCAGUGCUUAGAAUAAUUAUUCUUCUUUCUAUUGCAAUUUUAAUUAACAAAAUGGUCUUGAAAAUUAAUGACAUAUAAAUGCUCUAUAUAUAUUUUUUUUAAUAAAUUUAUUAUGACCCUUAUAGAGUUUACAAUAAACUGCACUGAGGCCGACUUAUUAAAUUUUACAAUAAAAAUUUUUAUUUUAGUUUUACAGAAAUAAAAUUCAUUUUAUGAGAUUAUAUUUGUUAACUACAUAUUUAUUUUAUUAAUUAACAUUUUUUUACACAAUUUCUUACAAUAUCCAAUAUUUAUAAUACUUUCAGCUACUGAUGCUUGUAUUCUAUUAUCGAGUGUAGAGUUCUGACAUUUUUCCGUUCUUACCAAGGCAUUUCUUAACAUAUUAUUUAUUGAGUCCAGUAAUCAAAAGACUAUACAUGUUUAGUUGAUUUAUUUUCCGCUCUUUGUAUUUUAUUUAACAGAUAUUUUAAUGCAUUUCCCUAUCAAGUAUCUAAGAUAGGUUCAAAAAGAAAGCAUUUUAAUUGUUCCAAGUAUGGGGUAAAUUUUGUCACUUAUUUUUUGUAUAUACUUAUUUCUGUUUCUUAAUCCUAGAUAUUUAUAGUCUUAUUUGACUCUAAUAUAUCACAUUUUUCUUUAUUUAUAUAUGGAAUAAAUAACAAUAACUUUGUUGUUUUUUGGCCAAAUUAAAUAAAAUAAAAAGCUUUUAUUAAAGGAAAUAAGCUUCUUUCAAAAGACCUUUACAAAUUCAUCAUGGUCAUCUUUGACGUGCGACGAUUUAAUUAACCACAAAAAGAAAGAGUAACAAAAUAAAUACCUCAAUAUAUAAAAACCGCAUUUAACAAGUUCCAAACGGGCAAUUAGCCACAACUGAUUACAUUAAAUCUAGUUUAUUAUGGCUAAUAUUUUAUCAGUUGCAAUUUUUGACAGCUUAUUCAACGGGUAUAUGUAUACAAGUUCGUUUCGCCGUUCGAUUAUAAUAAUAAUGGCAAAUCGAAAAAUUAAUUAUGUAAAUUGAUGUUAAGAAUUUAAUUUUGUAUUUUGAGUAAAUUAACAUUUUUUUAAUGACCUGGACAUUAGCUCAUGUAAAAUCUGGUUAAGCAUAACCAUAAGAUUUAUAUUGAUUGAUGAUGGAUUAUGAGUGAUAUUGAAUUUGGUGCAUUAUUGGUGGGUUAUCGAUGAGAUGGGGUUCUAUAGAAGAAAUCAAAUUCGUAGACUUUCGGAUUGACAUCACAUAUUUCAUGGACGGCUUGAGACAAAAAGAGAGAAAAAAGAAAUUUACGUAUAUCCAUAAGAUUUAUAUAAUUUUUCUGUUGAGUGUAGAUUGAAAUUACAUUUGGUGCAUUACCGGUGGCUUAUCGAUGUGAUGGGAUUCUACAGAAGAAAAUCGAAUUCGUAGACUUCCGGAUUGAUGUCGUAUCUCACGGACGGACGACUCGAGAUCGAAAAUUAUCAAUAAAAGAUAAAACGAAAAAAGAAAUUUAUUGCAACGCAGGGUAUCUCGUUCCUAAAGAAUAACUGUGCACUUUCCGGCGAAUGGCAUAUUUUACGUAAUCAUCUAGCACAAUCUUUUUUCUGCCUCUUGUCUCCACUUGCUUUUCUUCUUUAGCUUUAAGACAUCUAAAAACUAUCCUGGAACUUAAUGUUGUUAAAUUCCCGCAUAAUUCUGCCGUGUCCUCAACAGACAAAUCUGGAUUUCUAGCACGAAUACUUUCAUAUACAGUUUUCACUAACUGAUGUUCGCCACAAGUCAAAUAUUUCCAUUUUGCUUUUUUAGCAGGCGGACCAGAACUUGACGAAGCUUCGUCUUCCAUUUUAUAAAAAAAUUAUUUUACUUAAAAUACCUAUUUAUUACAAAUUACUCAAAAUAUUUAUUAGAAUAAACCCCCAAACGCGUCUAUGGAAUGAAAGAGCAACAAAUGCAGGUAUGUUGGCUAGGCGUUCCCAUUCUGCUAAAAUUAAAGGCUGGUCGGAUUGCUGCUCCAUUUACCGCGAGAGAAAAAGACAAGUAAUAAACUUGGCACCGGCGCGCCGCGCAACAAGUUUUACUAAGUACCACCAAAGUUUACUGAAUAAAAUACUGAAUAAAGUAUUUUAUUCAGUAAACUUUGGUACAACGUUCGACCAGAUCAGCGAGGUCACACCAUUAGAGUAAGUGACAUUUUGCAAGCUAUCAAUAGAUUUUGUAUUGUGGGAAUUAAAUAUUAUUUUUAGCCACUCUAGUUGUAUUGCUUGUUGGACGUUUGUGAUAUCACUGACAAAUAUUUCCGUCUCCUAGUAUACAUCAAUUAGCUAAUUUUCUUAAUAGAUGCUUCUGAUGACUCUUAUAACAGCUUUUGAUUAAAUUUAAGAUUUAUUUUAAAAAAAGUUCUGCGCUAGACAAAACCUCUCAUAUUGUAUAAUUCUUUCACUUUCCUACUUUAGUUUUUAAAUUAAUAAUUAUUGUAGUUUGCUUUCUACUAUUUAAAAUAUAAUGUAGGUUUAAGGAGAAUAUCGUGAUAUUUAAUUGAUUAGUUUUACUGUUUUAAAAUUUACUUAAAACUGCCAUAUUAUGCUAAAAAACUAUCGGAAUUUUAGUUUAAUAUAUAGGUUUUGGGAAUGGUGCAAUCUCCGACGAUUUACGUUGGUGCAAUAUUUUUUGGCCAAAAACUCUUUCUAGAGAAAUUAUAGAAGUAGGUCAGAAAUUUUUAAAUAGUGCUUCUAACGUUCGUUUAAAUAGCCCAUGAUUAAUUGGGUACCAAUUUUUUAAAAAAUAUGUUUGUUUCUUAUUUAAAAAAACAUUUUUUAGAAGACUUCUAUGGUUUCCAUAAAAAAAAUGUAAAUGAAUGGUUUAUUUGGCCAAAUAAGGUGUCUGUGCAAUAUUAACUUGGGCAGGGCCCAGGUAUAUUAACAUGUAGAUUAAAAAUAAAAUUUAAGAAUAUAAAA